AUGAAUGUCGUGUUCAAUGAGAUUCGAGAUCGGUUGGAUAGGCAUGAGGAUCGGCUCGAACAACUUCAGCAAGAGCCAUUACCUAGGCAUCGGAGACUCGACCAGCGGCCACAUUUUGCUCCAAAUGUCCCAGAUGAUGACUAUGAUGAUGGGGCGAGCAAUAAAGUGGUCUCCAAUGCUACUUGGAGGAGGGCUAGGGCUAUCAGACCCGAAAGGCCAAGGCAUGUUCAAAGGCAACACCAAGAAAGGGAAGUCGUAGAUCAUAACAUGGGCACCAUCAAGCUGUCCAUUCCUCCAUUUCAAGGUAAAAAUGACCCUGAUGUGUAUAUUGAAUGGGAGAGGAAAGUUGAGCUGGUAUUCGAUUGUCACAAUUACUCGGAGGAGAAGAAGGUGAAGCAUGCUGCGGUGGCUUUUACCGACUAUGUCAUUAUAUGGUGGGAUCAAUUGACCCUUAGUAGACGUCGAAACCGUGAGCUUCCCAUCGAUAAUUGGGAGGAUAUGAAAGGGUCUAUGACUGUGGAAGACUACCACAAGGAGAUGGAGAUAGCCUUGAUUCGGGCUAACAUUGAGGAGGACCGAGAGGCGACCAUGGCUCGGUUCAUUUGUGGCCUGAACUGUGAGAUUGCCAAUAUUGUUGAGAUGCAUCAUUAUGUGGAGCUUGACGAUGUGGUACACAUGGCAAUGAAAGUUGAAAGACAACUCAAGAAAGGAGUGCGAUCAUCUUCCAAGUAUGAGGCUGCGAGUUCAUCCCCUUGGAAGCAGAAGUGGGGAUCAUCAAAACCAACUGAGAAAGCAGUUUCAAAAUCAAAGGGACAGACGAAUGUGGCCAAGACACAACCUAGCAACAAAGAUAGGGGAUCAGGUCAUAUUGCUUCUCAAUGCCCAAACAAGCGAUCAAUGAUCAUAUUGGAUAAUGGGGAGAUCGAAACUGAAGAGGAAGAUGAAGGAAAUGAGUUCACUCCAUCAGUUGAAGAUACUAGUGAUGUUGAGCUUGUUGUUGAUGGCCAAGCUCUUGUUGUGCUAAGAGAUCUCCAUAUGCAAGCCAAAGAAGAUGAUGACGGGCUGCAAAGGGAGAAUAUCUUCUACACCCGCUGCCAUGUGAAAGAUCGGGUAUGCGAUUUGAUUAUUGAUGGUGGCAGCUGUGUUAAUGUGGCAAGCAAGUUAAUGGUGGACAAGCUUGGUCUACCUACCUUGAAGCAUCCAAAGCCAUAUAAACUCCAAUGGCUCAAUGACAGUGGAGAAAUGAAAGUAACCAAGAAGGUCCUUAUUUCAUUUACGAUUGGAAGGUACACGGAUGAGGUUCUGUGUGAUGUUGUACCCAUGAAAGCUAGCCAUUUGCUUCUUGGAAGACCGUGGCAAUUUGACAGACGAACCACACAUGAUGGGUAUAAGAACCGCUACAGCUUCAGCAAGGAUGGUAGGAACAUUACACUUGCACCUUUGACACCUCGUCAAGUAUUUGAGGAACAACUCCAGAUAAAAAAGUCCGUUGCAGUAAGAGGAAAAGAUAGGGUUGUUUUCCUUAGAUUUGUUGUUAGUUCCAGAGGUGUGGAAGUUGAUGAGGAGAAGGUGAAAGCUAUCAGAGAAUGGCCUACCCCUAGCACCAUCACUGAAGUAAGGAGUUUUCAUGGUUUAGUCGGGUUCUAUAGGAGGUUUGUGCCAAAUUUCAACACCAUCGCUGCCCCUUUAAUGGAAAUCAUCAAGAAGAAUAUUGGAUUUAAGUGGGGAGAGACACAAGAGAAAGCCUUCAACGCAUUAAAAGAAAAGCUAAGUGCUGUUCUUAUGCAAGAAAAGAGGCCAAUUGCCUACUUCAGUGAGAAGCUCAAUGGUGCAGCGUUGAACUACUCAACAUAUGACAAGGAGCUCUAUGCAUUGGUGCAAGCUUUGGAGACAUGGCAACAUUACUUGUGGUCCAAGGAGUUCAUUAUUCACAUGAACCAUUAG